AUGCAAAAUAUCACGUUUUCUCGGUUCGACAGCUUUGACCAAGGCGUGCCGGCGGCUGAAGUCGCGCUGCGCAACACGAGUAGCGCCAGUGUUAGUCUCUACUUCUACAACGAGUUGACGAGGGACAGCAUUGUCUGCCUCAUCGACGCGCUCUCGACGUGCGAGGGCGUGACGAUCUCUUUGCGGCCGCUCGACGACGACGCGCUUGAAGUGCAAACCACCGCGCGCCACAUCAUGCGUGAUCAUGGCACAUGA